GAUGGCGAACACGGGCUCAGUGAGUGAGAUCGUGGAGAGAUCUUACAACCUGUUGGUCUGGUUAGCCGAUGAAGCCUCCUCCCUCCUGGGGCUGUACAUGGAGCUCCAGGGUUUCCGCGAUGGACCUCCGGGGAUGCCAGGGCCCCACCUACGGCUGCCCGCCCCGCUCAGCCCUGACGGCGAAGACUGGGAGCCCGCCCGGCGGCUGUGCCAACACCGCAGCGCCAGCCGCCAGCUGGCCGCCCUCCUGGGCCGCGUGCUGGGCGAUCAGCGGGUGCUGAACGAGACCCGGCACCACCUUCACCAGCAGCUGCAGCUCGCCAUCACCGGCCUCCAAGGGCUGGACGCUAACCUGGGCCAUGUGCUGACCUCGCUGGGCACCGGCCAGGAGCAGGAGGCGGAGGAGAGCGAUGGCCCAGCCCAGGGACCCUCCAGCCAGGCCUCAGGCACGGCCCACUGGGAGGCCAAGGUUAACGGUUACCACAUCGUGGCCCACUACACCCACUGGGUGGCCAGAGCCGCCGAGGACCUGGCAAGGCUGAAGGAGCACCUGAAGCCUGAGGCCUAGCUCCCGGGGGCCAAGGGGAGAGGCCGGGAGUGGGCCAAGGGCGUGAGGAAUGGAGGCUGAAGCCUGAGGCCUAGCUCCCGGGGGACAAGGGGAGAGGCCGGGAGUGGGCCAAGGGCAUGAGGAAUGAAGGCUAAAGCCUGAGGCCUAGCUCCCGGGGGCCAAGGGGAGAGGCCGGGAGUGGGCCAAGGACGUGAGGAAUGGAAGCUGAAGCCUGAGGCCUAGCUCCCCGGGGACAAGGGGAGAGGCCGGGAGUGGGCCAAGGGCGUGAGGAAUGAAGGCUAAAGCCUGAGGCCUAGCUCCCGGGGGACAAGGGGAGAGGCCGGGAGUGGGCCAAGGGCGUGAGGAAUGGAGGCUGAAGCCUGAGGCCUAGCUCCCCGGGGCCAAGGGGAGAGGCCGGGAGUGGGCCAAGGGCGUGAGGAGUGGAGGCUGAAGCCUGAGGCCUAGCUCCCUGGGGCCAAGGGGAGAGGCCGGGAGUGGGCCAAGGGCGUGAGGAAUGGAGGCUGAAGCCUGAGGCCUAGCUCCCCGGGGCCAAGGGGAGAGGCCGGGAGUGGGCCAAGGGCGUGAGGAAUGGAGGCUGAAGCCUGAGACCUAGCUCCCGGGGGCCAAGGGGAGAAGCCGGGAGUGGGCCAAGGGCAUGAGGAAUGGAGGCUGAAGCCUGAGGCUUAGCUCCUGGGGGACAAGGGGAGAGGCCUGGAGCGGGCCAAGGGCGUGAGGAAUGGAGGCUGAGGCCUGAGGCCUAGCUCCCGGGGGCCAAGGGGAGAGGCCGGGAGUGGGCCAAGGGCGUGAGGAAUGGAGGCUGAAGCCUGAGGCCUAGCUCCCGGGGGACAAUGGGAGAGGCCUGGAGCGGGCCAAGGGCGUGAGGAAUGGAGGCUGAUGCCUGAGGCCUAGCUCCCGGGGGCCAAGGGGAGAGGCCGGGAGUGGGCCAAGGGCGUGAGGAAUGGAGGCUGAAGCCCGAGGCCUAGCUCCCGGGGGACAAGGGGAGAGGCCGGGAGUGGGCCAAGGACGUGAGGAAUGGAGUGUGAAGCCUGAGGCCUAGCUCCUGGGGGACAAGGGGAGAGGCCGGGAGUGGGCCAAGGGCGUGAGGAAUGGAGUGUGAAGCCUGAGGCCUAGCUCCCGGGGGACAAGGGGAGAGGCCGGGAGUGGGCCAAGGGCGCGAGGAAUGGAGUGUGAAGCCUGAGGCCUAGCUCCCGGGGGACAAGUGGAGAGGCCGGGGACGGGCCAAGCAUGAGGGGCCUGCAGGAUGGAGCCUGAGGCCUAGCUCCCGGGGGACAAGGCGAGAGGCCUGGAGCGGGCCAAUGGCGUGAGGAAUGGAGGCUAAAGCCUGAGGUCUAGUUCCCGGGGGACAAGGGGAGAGGCCGGGAGUGGGCCAAGGGCGUGAUGAAUGGAGGCUGAAGCCCGAGGCCUAGCUCCCGGGGGACAAGGGGAGAGGCCGGGGGUGGGCCAAGGGUGUGAGGAAUGGAGGCUGAAGCCCAAGGCCUAGCUCCCGGGGGCCAAGGGUAGAGGCCGGGUGCGGGCCAAGCGUGAGGGGCCUGCAGGAUGGAGCCUGAGGCCUAGCUCCCAGGGGCCAAGGGGAGAGGCCAGGAGUGGGCCAAGGAUGAGGGGCCUGCAG